GAAGUCAAGAUAAUGAAUUUAUCUUCAUUAUUAACUGCAUUGACACCACUUCCUAAUAUCACAGAUGGAGAAUGUGCUGUAGUUCUUUUUUAUUCACCUUGGUGUAUAUUUUCUGCAAGGGCUGCACCUCAUUUUAAUGCUCUAGCUCGUGUUUUUCCGCAAAUUUCUUUUUAUGCUAUUGAUGCCGUUCAACAUACAAACUUGCAUAUGAGGUAUGGUUUAAUAGCAGUUCCAACGAUUCUUCUGUUUCAAAAUGGACGAGCAGUUGCAAAAUUUAAUGGGUCUCAUUCCAGUCUAGAAAAAUUUUCAAAUUUUGUAAGUGAAUUAACAGGAAUAUCUCCCGAAGGUGCAUUAAAUGUUACUUCCGCUGAUAUGACAGGCCCAGUUCCUGCAGCUUUACAAGAAAGAACUGAUUAUAUUUUAAUUCUGUCGUGGGUAUUUACAAUAGUAUGUUUAUGUAUAUGGUUCCUUAAAUCAUCACUUUGCCAUAGGAUUGUAGAAAGUAUAAAAAAUACAUGGCGAGAAGCAGAGGCACAACAUGAACAUGAAGAGUAAAUUACAUUUGUAAAAUGAUUUGGUAUGUUGUAUUCAGUUUUUGAAUUUAUUAAAAUUAUAACAUUUUUAAAA